AUGGAGGCGUCCAGAUGCGUUGGAUUAGCAGCUCCCCUGCAGUACCUGUUUCUCUUCAUCAUCUUCGCCACCUUUGGCUCUGUUCAAGCCAAUACCCACCAUCAAAAAUGGGAGGUGGCAUACGAGUUUAGGUCCCCUGAUUGUUUCCAGAAGCUGGCAAUCACCAUCAAUGGAAGAACGCCCGGUCCCACUAUCGUCGCUGGGCAGGGAGACACUAUCGUCAUCGAUGUCAAGAAUAGGCUGCUCACAGAGAACUUGGCCAUUCACUGGCAUGGGAUUAGGCAGAUCGGCACUCCAUGGUAUGAUGGCACUGAAGGGGUGACACAGUGUCCGAUUGUGCCGGGGGAAACAUUUACUUACAGAUUUGUUGUUGAUAGACCGGGGACUUACAUGUACCAUGCACACUAUGGGAUGCAAAGAUCAGCUGGACUCUACGGUCUCAUUCAAGUUCUGCCACCUGCCGGGAUGGCUGAGCUGUUCACCUAUGAUUAUGACCGGAGCAUCAUUCUUAAUGAUUGGUGGCACAAGAGCACUUAUGAACAGGCUGUUGGCCUGAGUUCAAAGGACUUCACCUUCGUUGGUGAGCCUCAGUCUCUUUUGAUCAAUGGAAGGGGAAAGUUCAACUGCUCCAAUGUAAGAAGUGGGGUCUGCAAUGAAACCAAUCCUGAGUGCCUGCCUUAUGUGUUAACAGUCGUCUCGGGCAAGACAUAUCGUCUCCGAAUUGCAAGCAUCACCUCUCUUUCAGCUCUAAAUUUUGAAAUUGAGGGACACAACUUGACUGUUGUCGAAGCUGAUGGAUACCAUGUGAAGCCAUUUGUAGUGAAGAACCUGAACAUCUACUCGGGUGAGACCUACUCUGUGCUCUUCAAGGCUGACCAAGACCCCUCCCAUAAUUAUUGGUUUGCUGUCAAUGUCGUUAGCCGCAAGCCAAAUACUCCCACUGGAACUGCCAUCCUCAAUUACUAUCCAAAUCCUCCUAGAAGGCUCCCUCCAACUAUGCCACCUUAUGGUCCCCUUUGGAAUGACACCAUGUACCAACUCAAUCAAAGCAAUGCCAUCCGAUCGCAUCCUGAUUACAUCCAUCCUCCUCCGCUCACCUCCGACCGUAUGAUCCUGUUGCUGAACACCCAAAAUUUUGUUGAUGGUUAUCUAAAGUGGGCUCUCAAUAAUGUAACAUUCACUCUUCCCCACACACCAUACCUCAUUGCUCUCAAGGAGAAACUGUUUCAUGGCUUUGAUCAAAGACCACCACCAGAGACUUAUGACUACAAGAACUAUGAUAUUUAUGCCAUUCAGAAGAAUCAAAAUGCAACGGCGAGCACUUCAAUUUAUCGGUUAGGGUUCAAUUCGACAGUGGAUGUGAUCUUGCAGAAUGCAAACACGAAGAACCCAAACAACAGUGAGACACAUCCAUGGCAUCUUCAUGGGCAUGACUUCUGGGUUUUGGGCUAUGGAAUUGGGAAGUUUGAUCCAGAGAUUGAUCCCAAGAGGUACAAUUUGGUGGACCCAAUUAAGAAGAACACAGUGGCACUGCAUCCCUAUGGAUGGACAGCUCUGAGAUUUCAGGCUGAUAACCCUGGUGUAUGGGCUUUCCAUUGCCACAUUGAGUCACAUUUUGCCAUGGGAAUGGGGGUUGUGUUUGAAGAGGGGGUGGACAAGCUUGGGAAGCUGCCCACAGAUAUCAUGGGUUGUGGUGAUUCCAAAUAUCUAAAAAGGCCUUGAUUGGAAUUUUGAAUUCAAUUUUUGAGAAAAAAAAUGAAAAUUUUGUAUGGUUCCCUUUUUAGUCA